AUGGCUUCAUCUCAGCUGGAGAUCUUUAUUCGAGCGGUGUCCCGUGUGGGCUGCUGGUCUGCAUCUUUCUACCCGCAGCCUAUUUACAAUGUUCGACGUGGUUCAGUGGCGGGAUUAUCGAUAGAUUUUCCCACCAUUAAUACUUUGGGCUUUCUCUGUUACAGUAUCUAUAACAGUGCAUUCUUAUAUUCCCCUGUGAUUCGUGCCCAAUAUGCGGCACGCCACCCGCUCUCAGAGGAGCCAACGGUUCGCUUCAAUGACCUGGCGUUCGCGGUCCAUGCGGUGAUUCUGAGUCUGAUUGCAUAUACCCAAUUUUGGCCAAUCAUUUGGGGGCUGCAGGUCUCUCGCUUCCAGAAACUCAGUAAGCCCAUUGCGGGUCUAUUUUGGGGAUCCAUUCUGGCCCCUCUUAUUGUGAUUGGGGUUGUGCUGUCUCAAAGUCCGGAUGGAGGUUAUGACCCAUCUACGUGGGCGUGGAUUGAUGUUGUGAGUGCUCCAUACAGCUCAGAUCUCUGCAAGUAUGUUCCGCAAGCUUGGCUAAAUUAUAAACGCAAAUCGACAUCGGGAUGGAAUAUCAGUCAAAUUUUGUUGGAUUUGAGUGGGGGUGUACUAUCACUAGUUCAACUAGUGUUAGACUCAAGUCUUCAGAAUGACUGGGGUGGGAUUACCGGAAAUCCAGUUAAGCUUUUUCUGGGGAACAUCACGAUUAUUUCCGACUUGAUCUUCGUGGUUCAGCACUAUAUAUUAUACCGAGGGGCCGAGUCUAAGCCACCACCGGGAGGUCGGUACUCUAAUCCCGACGUGGUCACGCCUUUGUUGGCAGAUGACUCCGAGUCCCGGGCCACUGGCACACACGGUAGACAUGUCAGUGCUCAUGACGUGGAUGUCUGA